UUUUCUCCAUGCACCAUGAUGCAAAUAUUUUUAGCCAAUCAGAUGAUGUAGAUCUUCGUCAUGUGACAAUGCGAUUAACUGUAAGCGUUUUUCAUUGGUCGAAAUAUUUUUAGCCAUAUGCCACGAGUUUAUUCGCUAUCGGUCAUAAUUACAAUGUCGACGCCUCUCGACCAAUUGUAUACUUAAUAUUAGUCGUUAGUGUCAAUAUAAUUGGUGUGUAUUAUCCAGUAAAAUUUGAUUAAAUCUCCAAGAAGAAAUGUAGUAUGGAAGAAGCAUGCAUGGUUUAUAAUCGUCAAACGGUAACGAGCAGUACGGUGUCGUCGUUGGAUCGACAAUUUUAGAUUAUUGUAUUAUUACAUGACUUAACGAUAUUUUCGGAUACCUAGAAAAUGGUAUCUUGAGAUAAUUUAACGUGACUGAUAUAAUAGCUCGCAUUGUCUGUAAAUGUGUACCUCACGACGAUGGUAUAUUGUUCCAAGUUACGUUGAUUUUUUGUUAACCUUCAACAAAUAUUAGUAGCAGUACAUACUUUCAGAUUCUAAGGCAAAAAUUGGCAAUGCGAAGGGUAUUUCCAAAAAGGAGCUCUAAUUUUGAAUGUAUACAUUUGUAUUCAACUAGAAAAGAUGGUUGAAAGUACGACAGCUGUUCAACGUGCUAAAAAUUCUGCGUCCGUUAACGGAGCACAGUGGACUGGCAAUGAAAAAAUAUCAUCCACAGUAACGCAUCAAGAAUCACAUUCUGUACAGCAUAAUGAAGUGUGUACAGAUGCUGAUCAUUUAACAUUAUGGCAACAUCCAAUUACUACGUUAAACUAUUUCUUUCGAGAACUGUUACUCAAUAUAUUAUCUUUAGGGAAGAAAACGUUACGGUAUAAGCGAACUGUAUGGAGUACAAUUUCACUUGUAGCAUUAUUUUUGUUAUUAAGUAGAAUUUCUGGACCGCAGCAAGAAACGUUUCGAUCAUGGGAAGCAAAACUUAUAUGGUGGUCAUACUGGGUUGGUUUAGGUGUAUUGUCUAGCGUAGGCCUUGGUACUGGUUUACAUACUUUUGUGCUUUAUUUGGGACCUCAUAUAGCAGCUGUUACAAUGGCAGCAUAUGAGUGUGGAUCUUUAAAUUUUCCGGAACCACCAUACCCAGAUCAGAUAGUUUGUCCAACGACAAUUGAUCCAUUAUGGACAGCGGGUAUAUUAAAUAUUAUGAGGAAAGUACGGGUAGAGGCUAUGUUCUGGGGUGCUGGUACUGCUCUUGGUGAAUUGCCACCGUAUUUUAUGGCUAGAGCUGCGAGAACUAGUCGACAAACUAAUAAAAAUGACGAAGCUGCCCAAGAUGAUUUGAAGGAAUUGGAAGCCUUGGAGGCAUUGGAAAAUGGUGAAGACGUGCCAUUGAUAAUGCGUUUAAAAUUAACUAUGAAACAUUUUGUUCAAAAGGCUGGUUUCUGGGGCAUUUUGGCUUGUGCAUCGAUUCCUAAUCCAUUAUUUGAUCUUGCCGGCUUGACUUGCGGACAUUAUCUCAUUCCAUUUUGGACAUUUUUUGGUGCAACACUUAUAGGAAAGGCAGUUAUUAAGAUGCACAUACAACAACUAGCAGUAAUUAUAGCUUUUAAUGAAGAGCUUUUAGAUAAAUUUAUUAGCCUAUUGGCUAUCGUGCCCUUUGUUGGUUCGCAUUUUCAAGAACCACUUAAGAAGUACCUUAUUGAACAAAAACAGAAAUUACAUAAUAAAAAGUCAAUGGAUGGAGCAACAACGAUUUCUUGGCUUUUUGAUAAAUUUGUAAUAUUGAUGGUGUGCUAUUUCCUAGUGACAAUUAUUCAUGCAUUAGCACGAAAUCAUCAUCGUAGACGCGUAAAAUCUUCUACUGAGUGAAGUUGAAGAUGAACAGAUUUGAAUUAUCGUAAUGAUAAAAUCAGUUCCAUAGCGAGAUGAUUAUAAAAGACAUAAUAUAAAAAAAAAAGUAACAGUAAGCUGUUGAUGCUUUGUUUAUAUAUAUACAUGAGAACCGCGCAGUUAUUUUUUUUUAAUCUUAUAAUAAUACAGAAUAGAGUCUGAAUCUUAAUGGUUUUGAUGAUAAUAUCUUACAAUAAGAAGAAUUAUUAUUUCAUUGAUAAUAAAGUUCAAAAUGUUAAAAAUGCAAAAGUAUGUGGAAAUAGAAAAAUAAGCGUUAGAAUUAAAUAUGCUGGCUUUUUGCACCACUCAGAUUUAGACUCUAAUGUUAAACCAUAAAAAAAAAACAAAAGAAAAUAAAUAAAAAAUAACAAAUGCAAAUAUUUCAUGUCCCAAUUAAGGUGUAAGGUAAAUAAUUAUAUAUAGUACUUUUAUGUACAUGCGUAUCAAGUUUACACAUCAUGUUAAAUAGACAAUGAUAAAGGUCAUUAAGGUAUUGUCUUUUACCUAAUAGGGUAAGAAAGAAAAAUACUUUUUAAUAAAUAAAAAAUAUUUGUCAAAUGUAA